CAGUACAACAGAAUCGUCAAAUCAAAUCACGUGUGAUAUAGCUGUUAGUUAAAGCUAUAGACUUAAGUCCAUGUCGAACAAUACAUUUAAAAUACAUUUUAACACAGUUAAAUUGUCUUUCAAGCUGGUUUUGCUGGCAGCUGCUGUCAGCUUCACUGUUUCUUCGCGGGGUUCCAAAUUUGCAAACGAUUCUGCGCCGACUGUGGAGCAGGGCUCACUGCAUGGUGGGGGUUCCCGGAAGUCCUAUCACAUCCUCAUGGUCACCAUGUGCAUGCGGGGCCACUUCAACCCUUCUGCAGGUCAAUACCGAGCACUAGUAGACAAAGGUCACAGAGUGUCCGUCUUCACAACGGACUCUUGUCCCGAGCAGAUAAUCCAAGACAUGCCAGGUGCAUUCGAAGUGCAUGAAACCACAGUAAUGCCGACCAUUGUACCGCUGAAUGUUCUGGAAGCUCUGAUGACGCUUCCAAGUUACCUUCGUGAAGAUGGGAUAAUUAAAGCAUACGAAGAGCUGGAUAAGUUUCUAGAAAAGUCUCCUCACAAUUAUGACAUUGUGAUUGGCGACUCGCUUGUCGGCGGUCCUAUUUUGGCGGCCAGAAAACACGGAAUUCCGAAUGUGAAUUUGUUCACGUCUCCGCUUCUGGAAACUGCCAGAACACACCCUUCAAUUUGGGACAGAAACGAACUGCCGAUCGAGGAGCCCGGGGAAACCACUUCGUUGAAAGGGGUCAUAGUAACAUCAGUGCUGGCCGCAACUUUGGAAAUGUUGAUUUCCAUUCCAAUAUAUCGAACACUUCAAGACAUUCAUGCUCAAAAUGGAUGGGAGUCCGUUCCAUAUGACUAUGGCAGAUUCCACCUUAGCUAUCGUCAUAGAUACUCACUUCUAUUGAGCAAUGGAGCUGCGCCGUUCACGAGAAAGUUUGGAGAACACUAUGAAAA